AUGAAGCACAACAAUGUUUUACCGAACGCUCACCGCGUCAAGUGCAGCGGCAAAUUCAUUAAGGCCGAACUUAACCAGGCUGGUAGAAAGAAGAGGCGCCUACUUACCAGAAGGAGAAAGGCCGCUAAGGCAGGAGUUACACCUGUCGGUUACCUUCGUCCAGUAGUUCACAUGCCAAGCCAACGUUAUAACUACAAGGUCCGUCUAGGUCGCGGUUUCACCCUACAGGAGCUCAAGGCCGCUGGUGUCAGCAAAAAGGUAGCCAUGAGCAUCGGUAUCGCUGUUGACCACCGCCGUUGCAACCGCAACGCUGAAAGCCUAAACUUAAACGUACAACGUCUCAAGACAUACCUAUCGAAGCUUGUAAUGAUCCCACGCAAGAAGACACCUUGCAAGGGAUUCUGUGGUAUCCCUGAUGACACCCCUCGCGAAAAGUUGGCCACCAUGGUAUUGAAACAGCAGAAGAUUAAAGAGGUUAUGCCUGUUGUGCAGCCCUUCACUGCUGAGGCCCCUCGCGCUGUGACCGCCGAGGAGGCAGCUGCCUGCAGCUACAUGACAUUGCGUCAGGGUAGAAAGGCCGCUAAGGCAAAGAAGACGGCUGAGGAAUAA